AUGUCCAUCGCCCAAAAUGAGAAUUUUUUUCUUUUUGAUCUUUUCACCCUACCCCCGUCAGGCUACUUCUUCUCCCGGGGCUGCUACUACUUCUACUGGACCCCUCGGGGCGAUCUGCCCAACUUGCCGACGUAUCAGGUCGCCGUGCUCGGAGCCGCAAUGAUGGCCUGCGUUGACAGCUUUCUUUGUCUCCUACGAAGACUCGGCUUCCUGAAAUAG